AUGGGGUACAAGAGAAAGAAACAGGCAGAGUUCGAUGACUAUACCGAUGUCUCAUUCAAAGAGAAAUUUGGAGUACAUAAAGUCGUAGCCAAACAACUCCUUGAGGACAUUAAAUUCACCGAGCAACACUGGCUGAUGUGGACACUGGACUUCUUGCGAAACUACAACUCUUUCAACUAUAGCUCGGCACACUUUGGAGUAUGUGAUAAGAACUUCAGAGAGAAAGUUUGGAUGGUGAUUGACAGUAUCAAACAGCUCAGCAUCAAGCACCGCACACUUUCAAAGACUAAGUUCGACAAAGAUAAAGAGAGCCUUCCAGAUCAUGCCGCAGAUCAUCCUGAAGCAACUAUUGCAUUGGCUGUCGACUCCACCUUCUGCGACCUGGAGACUAAAGACAAUGGAUUCUACAACGGUGAGAAGAAGAGGUUUGGUGUGAAAAGCAAGGAGCCAUUCACCUCCCCCCAAUGGAAAAGAUCUACAAUGACUGGGUUCAGUCUAUUCGAUUCAUCAUCGAGAAUAUAUUCAGUAGCUACAAACUAUUCAAUGCAUUGA